CAACUCCCAAUGGGUCACUCUUUGCUGGAAAAAAAGCUUCUCUAAAUCUUCACUGCAAUCAUCUGUUUGCCUACAAAAAUCUGUUUUAUUGUUAAAAAAAACACCAGUUUAGAGGCCUAAUUAAGUCACAGAAGCAUUACUGCAAGUCUAGCCAGGGGUCCAGAAUUUAUUUUUUUUUUAAAAGAUAAAUCAUGGAAUCCAUUUUCUGUGGCAUCCGUGAUUUCCAUGUCAUGUGCCAGGAACCAUGCAGGUGACAGAACUCUGUGUUCAGGUCCUUUUGAAAAAAAAACCAGGCUCAUCUGACAGACAAUAUCUUCAUAACCAAAUUGUAUCCUUGGAGGCUAAUGUAUGUUUUAUAAUCACCUUAGGAAAACUGCACACCCAGGCUUGGCAAAUUGCAGGCUUUGGGAGUUCUCCCAGAAAGGCAGCAUUUGGGACUCUAACAGCAGAUAUUUUAAUUAACAGUGUGGUGUAAAAAUCACAGGUUUUCGCACAGAUGGGUUACAUUAUGCAUCACUGAAGUCCCGUUCAAGUCUCGUCAAGAAUGUAGAGCAGUCCUAGUCCAAGCAUCGUGAAGCAUAUUUCAGACUCUGCAAGACCUCCGCUGGAAAGAAAGGUGUGAAAUCGUUGUACUCCAAAUGUAGCAAAUAAUAUAUUUUUAAAAAGUCCCUCAGGCUUGAAUUAUAUUUCAAACUAACUGCUGUUUUUGUUUUUGAAAGGGCAAAAAAAGCAUUUUCCACAUGGGUAAAAUUGUGAAGAUAUCACCCCUUUUUAGAAAAUCGAAUCCAUUUCAAAGCAUUAUUGAAGCCGUCAUCGCAGUUGACUGUAGAGUAGUCCCAAAUGCAAAUCAUCCAACAAAAGACUGCGUGAAUGAGGCUUCUGUUUGAUGCAACCUUGGCAGUGCCAGGCAGCAACUAAACCGGUAUCCAGUAGCUGCACAAGCUAACAGAAGUAGCGUUAGCUAAGAGCAAAAACACCAGCUAUUGGCUUUAGCACCAGCUAUCGUAAAACAGCAAUCGGGGGUAGCGGCAGCUAGCAGAAACGACAAUAUCUAACAGCACUGGUUAACAGUGAUAGCAUCGGCUAACAGCGACGGCAACCUCAAAAACGACGACAGCACGCACGGCGAUGCCAACUAACAGCGGCGGCGGCUAACAGCAAUAGCGGCAGCUUGUUAAACACACGGGUGGCACGAGACAGCCCCCGUGUUUACCGUACUGUAUCUCUUGGAAAGAUGUCAAGUUUGCAGCUGCAGUACAGAAUUAUUCAUCGCCCCCCUGCCCGCCCGGGAGAGCCACAGGUAGUUGAUGAAGUGGCAGUGCCAAGUGUCCCAACUGGCGAAGAUAAAGCGCAGCUGCUGAGAGUCAGCGUGGCCAGAUGCCGCCCGACGUGCCAUGUGUUCCAAGCAGGGCACGGGGGGAGCGGGGCGCUUGCCAAGACACUCUCAUCUGGUGCCAAGUCGACACAUGUUCUGGCACUCCGACAGUUUCCACUCCCGGCUCCCGUUCCCCUGGCGGAAGGACGGGCUUCUCUCUCCCCUCCCGUUCUUGCCGUGUGCUCCAUCCUAGCUGGACCGGCGCCUGGCACCCGCUGCCCUGCCACACAGUCUGCCUGCUCCGUGGCGCUAUGCGGCAGCCCGAAAAAACCGGGUGCCAACCAUCAGAUCAAGGGGUCGCUCCCUGCCAUGCGGGCAUGCAUUCCCGUCCGAGUCCACCCCGGCGGGUCCGUAGACACCAUCGGGAUGCCGAAGCGACAGAUCUUCUGCCUGCUGAGGUUCUGCCGCACAGGGGAGUUUCCGAGGGAAAAAAGAGCCAGGUUCACAGGAACAUCCCAUCCUCGCCUGCAACAUGGGGGUUCGGGGACGUGCAAACUUUUUGAACGAGUGCCAUGUCUGAGCAAUCCUUAUCUGAGGCCCGCGAGUGCCAGCUGGCGGCUGUGUGUGCCCGCACCGCAAGCCGGUGCCAGAAAGCGCUGGCGUGCCUGGGUCCUGGCAGGAACGAUCUGGCAACAACCCGCUUCCAAGGCACCUUCCCGCUCAUGCCUAGCUCUGCUGUUCGCCGUUUCCGUCGAGGUGACAUCUUGUUCACCACAGGACAGAAGAUGCUCUGUGGCUCCAAUUUACUUUGUUUCAAAAAGUACCAGGAUUAGGGUACUUCAACUUAUUCUUCAUAAUAAAUGUGGUUUCUUGGGUAUUAUUGCAGAAAUGGUAAAGUAAUAUAUUCAGAUGUCUAUCAGUAAGAAUACCUUCUUGUCUCCUGCAAAACAGAUAACAUGUAUUUUAUAAGCAUACAAAUAAAAUAUAAAUGUAUUCAUUUAUAUCCAAAAACGUACGUGUAUCAGUUGUUUUACUACGGAUAGCUAGGGAAGGGCGAUCAUCAGACAUUACCGUUAUGAUACUGCGGUUUUUAACAACUAAAAUUCAACCCAAAUGCAUAAAUUCAAUUACAAUUAAUAAAUGUGAUUAAACAGACUAUGAGAUACCGGUGCAUGUUAAACUUUCGGUUUUGGAAGCUCCGCACUAAACAGCAAGUUCCCAUCCUAUUCUCGGGAUGGGUGUUUUGACGCGGGAACUGUGUGAUGCCCGUGCCGCGGUUUCCCUCCGGACGCUUUUAAUGCCGUACCGGGCUCUUAUACGUACGAUUGGAAUGACUUCAGGUUGCUGCUAGAAGCAUGAGGCUUUGAAAUUGGCGUCCUGGGAGGUGCCUGAGGGAAGUGCACCAAUGCUGCUGGGAAUUGCUCUCCAUUCAAUGCACAAGGGUCCUCUGUGCAUUUCAGGCCUGGCAUGGACACACCGGGAACCUGGUAAGAAAGCAGCCAGGUGGCUCUUGAGAAGCGGUCCCAGGAGAUGGUGUGUCUCCACGGGCACGAGCCAGUUAGCUGGGACGAGGAGGGUCACUCCCGUGUUCACCAGAGCUCCGAAGUUUGGGGACAAGCUGGCCAUUUUAGAUAGCAGCGGUGGCCACAGCUACCGUGACCUGUAUGACAGCAGCUUGGGCUUAGCGAGGAGGUUGCUGGAGCAGCUGGGUUGCACCUCUGGGGAUGUGCAGGGGAGAAGGAUCUCCUUCCUGUGUGCUAAUGACGCUUCCUACGUGGUGGCGCAGUGGGCGGCCUGGAUGUGCGGGGGUGUCGCCGUCCCCCUCUACAGGAAGCACCCACCCUCAGAGCUGGAAUACAUCAUCACCGACUCCCAGAGUUCUUUGCUGCUGGCGGGGGACCCUUACGCAGGCACCCUGGGGCCCCUGGCUGAGAAGUUAGGCCUCCCUUGCCUAGAGCUGCCUCCUUCUUCUGGCCUGGCUGAGCUGAAGACCGCGGAGACUCACGCAGACCUGCCGAUCGCGGACUGGGCCGACAGACCGGCCAUGAUCGUCUACACCAGUGGCACCACGGGCCGUCCCAAGGCGGUCCUCAGCUCACACAGGAACCUGCAGGCCAUGAUCCAGUGCCUCGUGUCUGAGUGGGGCUGGUCCGGGGAUGAUGUCAUACUGCACACGCUGCCCCUUCACCACGUUCACGGCAUCAUCAACAAGCUGCUGUGCCCUCUGUGGGCAGGUGCCACCUGCCGUAUGCUGCCUGACUUCCAGCCCCAGAAGGUGUGGGAGGUCCUCCUCAGUGCCAGUCCUCCUAGGGUGACCGUGUUCAUGGCCGUCCCCACCAUCUACUCCAAGCUCAUCCAGCACUACGAGCAGCACUUCGCCACACCCCACGUGCGGGACUUCGUCCGGGCCAUCUGCGCGGAGAAGAUCAGGCUGAUGGUGUCCGGCUCGGCCGCCCUGCCCCAGCCUGUCCUCCAGCGUUGGGAGGAGAUCACCGGACAUACCCUUCUGGAGCGCUAUGGCAUGACGGAGAUUGGCAUGGCGCUGUCCAAUCCGCUGAGAGGAGCCCGCAUUCCAGGUGCAGUGGGUAAGCCACUUCCUGGUGUGGAGGUGCGGAUUGUCAUGCCCACCACCACCGACACCAUUAUUGCCGAGGGCGACUGCAGGAAGACACAGGUCCGACCUGGUAUGGAUAAGAAAGAAGGGGAGCUGUUGGUCCGAGGACCUUCCGUCUUCAAAGAGUACUGGAACAGACCUCAGGAGACCAGGGAGGCUUUCACUGCUGAUGGCUGGUUCAAGACAGGGGACACGGCAGUUUACAGGGAUGGGUUGUACUGGAUCAUGGGGCGAACAUCGGUGGACAUCAUCAAGAGUGGCGGGUACAAGAUCAGUGCCCUUGAAGUAGAGCGCCACUUGCUGGCUCACCCUGAUAUUACAGAUGUGGCUGUUAUUGGGGUGCGAGACGCCACCUGGGGCCAAAGAGUGACAGCUGUGGUGCAGUUGAAGCAAGGGAAGAGCCUCACUCUGGAGGAGCUUAAGGCCUGGGCCAGAGAGAAGAUGACCGCCUACACCAUCCCCACCGGCCUGCUCCUGGUGGACGAGAUGCCCAGGAACCAGAUGGGAAAGGUCAACAAGAAGGAUUUGAUCAAGCGGUUCUUCCCCGCUUAGGACCGCCGGGUCCUCUGUCACUUCCUGUUAGCUGGACGGGGGGG